CCCCGCUGACGCUUCCCUUGUGGCGGGGAACCCCGGCGGCAGGCAGCGCCCCGGCCGCCGGGGUGGAGGGGCAGGAGGAGGCAGAGCGGGAACUUCUCUCUCUCCCUCCCUCUGGUGCGGGGCGCCUUGGGCCGCUUCCCUCUGCCCCCGUGUCCCUCUCCCUGCCUCUGGGCACGCCGCCGCCUCCUCCUCCUCCUCCUCCUCCUUCCCCCCCAACGUCGCCUGGUGAAUAAUUCAGCCGUGAUUUGUGCUGGCCCCCGCGCUGUCUUGCCCCUGCCGUGGCCGGGGGUUCCGCAGGGGUCUGGCAGCCUCUCGCCUGGCUGGGCAGGGGGGAGGACGAGCACACGCGGGAUAAAGUUUCCCAAGGAAACAAGGGUGGCAGGGGCAAGCCACUUUCCGUGAUGGCAAAGCCGGAGGAUAAAGACCCCGGGAGGCCGUGGUCCCCUGCAGUCCGUUCUCCUGCUGUGUCGGACCUACUCCCAUGCGAGGGGUUUGUUCGCCUGGGUUGGUGCAAUCGGCGCUAACCUCCCCGGGCGCCAGGGAGCCGCGAGAGCCGGCUGCCUGGGAGGAGCCGCUCUUGGCAGCCCGAGCAGAGCUGUGCCGCAAGCCCCGGGGAGGCUGUAGUCCCUCCCCGCGGCGCUGGGCUCCCUCCUCUGCCUCCCUGGAGGUGGGCCCUGGUGCCCAGGCCGCGGCGUGGGUGUGGGCGCUUCACCCCUGGCAGGGAGUUGUCAGGGUGGAGGUGAGAGGGCUGGUCACGCAGGCACCCGCUCCCUGGGUUAGCAGGUGCAGGCGGCGUGUCCGGGUGGCUUGGGCUGCGCAGGAGGGCUGAAGGCACCCAACAUGACUAGUCCUGGCACGAAGGGGUCGUGGCUCUCGCAGCCGAUGGUGAAGAACGUGCUGGUGUAUCGCAACGGGGACCCUUUCUUCCCGGGGCGCCGUAUUGUCAUCAAUGAGAAGAAAGUGUCCAACUUCGAGGUAUUUCUGAAAGAGGUUACAGGCAGGGUGAAGGCACCCUUCGGAGCUGUGCGUAACAUCUAUACCCCCCGGGGUGGGCAUCGUGUCCGGCAGCUGGAGGAGCUUCAGAGUGGAGAGCAAUAUGUGGCUGGUGGCAGGGAAGCCUUCAAAAAACUCAACUAUUUGGACAUCGGAGAAACAAAGAAAAAACCUGCCGAAGUCAAUAACGAGGUCAAGCCGGUCACUCACAGUAGAAUCACUGUGUCAGCACGGUUUCGAAAACCACUCCAGGAGCCCUAUACUAUUUUCCUGAUUGCUAACGGAGACCUUAUUAGCCCUGUAGUGCGCCUCCUCAUUCCCAGGAAAACACUGAAUCACUGGGAUCAUAUUCUUGAAAUGGUUACAGGAAAAGUAACCCUCAGAAGUGGAGCUGUUCACAGACUUUACACUUUAGAUGGAAAACUUGUUCAGAAUGGGUCAGACUUGGAGAAUGGGCAAAUUUAUGUUGCAGUGGGUAGAGAAAAGUUUAAGAAGUUGCCGUAUGGUGAUCUGCUGUUUAGCAAAUCUACAAUAAGAAGGCCACAGGGUUCCAAAGCCUUUGUACUACCUCCGAUUGCGGGAUCUCGAAAGUCUAAAGGCAGUGGCAAUGAUAGGCAAUCUAAAUCUACCAUUGGAUCCAGUGACCUGGGAGAAAACAGUUCCUCACCUCAGCCUCCCAAAGGGAAGGACAAAAAAAGCCAGAAUCCAGAGGAUUCUGGGUCCAGACGACACUUCUCUAUCAACUCUACGAAAGUAAAACAGACAGGAAGAGCAACAGCUUCCACAGGAGUCCUUCAAGACAAUGGUGAAGAUAUUUACAAAGCUAGCGAAGAGCAGUCUGAAAUGUGGGGGGCAGCUGAAGUGCAGGAAGAUGAAGAUACUCGUGUAGAAGUUCCACUGGACCAGAGACCAGCAGAAACUGUUGAUGAAGAAGAAAAUGCAGAAGAGGAAAAUGACAGGGGAGAGGAAGAAUAUCCAGCGGUGACUGGAAAGGAAAUUGGGGAGAGAAGUGAAGUGGAAGGAAACAAGAAGAAAUUAAAUGAGAAUUACAAAUAUGAAGCAGAAGAAACAGAGAACAUUGACCAAGCAAAGGAAGAGGAAUUUAUCCAUUUAAAUGGCAAGAAAAAUGACAGAAAUGGUGAGGGAAUGGAGCACUUGAACUACCAAGGUGAUCCUCAGCCUGAAGAAGAGAUAAAAGAGGAGGAGUCUGACAGUCAGAACCAGAAACGCUUGAAGUUAUUUAUGGAAUUGGAGAAGGUUGAUUCCCAUCUUGAAAAAACAUCCACAAAUCCAAGGGUGACAAUCACGAGCCCACAGGAAAGUGAAAAAAAUGACCAGAGCAAUGACUAUGCUGCAGUUGCAUAGAUAGAAAAAAAUGUAAUGAGGAGAAAAUGAAAGAUCAUAAUACUUUAAAUAUAAAGCAUGGGAGUUUUUUGUGAUUGAUAACUUAUAAUGGGAAAAUAGGUUGAGUACCCACAUAUUGAGUUCUGAGAUGAUAAUGCCAUAUGGAUUGAUACAGAAAACAAACAUUAAUAGCUACUAGAAGAACACUGAAUUAUUUUUACAAGGUGAGAUUUUCUGAUAGAAUUUGAUGGGGGAAAUACAAGAGCACUGUACAGUAGUGUCUGAAAUAAAUCAACUGUUCUGUGGUGUAAGUUGGUUAGCAGUAAUAGAAUAACCACAAAAAUGACACUGUUCCAGAAAAAGGAGAAGAAAACCCACACCUCACCCAAAUUCAAUGUCAGAACUUCUUUGCUGAGUUGUUCAGAAAAGAAAAACUAUUUUUACUUUUAAUGAGGACAUAAGUAAUUUUUCCGUUAAAAUUCCACAUGAUAUAUAUGGUUUCCAGGCAUACUAUUAAGAUACGAUUAGAAUAUGUUCCUCACUUAAUGGACUUAUGCCCACAAAAAAUAGUGUACUAUAAUGAGGUGUCAGUCCUAAUGUUACUAAAUAGUGGAUUUUCAAUAUAUUAAUUAGAAUUGUUAGUUUGUACAUUCAUAAAUAACAUUUAUUUAGCACUAUGAAUAUAUGUGGACAGCCUACAAUACUGCAGCUUGUUCCUGUUUACAGCAAGAAGUUUUGUUGAUUAUCCUGCACCGAUUCACUAAACGGUGAGUUGUUAUCAUAGUGAAAAAAAAAGUAAAGGAAGAGUAUAUAGCAGGUUAGCUUCAAAAGCUGAGUUUGGAUGGAUUUGUAAUUCAGUCUAUGUGAAAUUUAAUUUAUUAAUGAAAAAAAAAUCAAUAGACCUGGAUUCAGACCAAAAUUGCCAUGAAACCAGUGGUGUCAAUGGAGCCAUUUUAAUAUGAAACACGUUAGGAUGAGGCCGUUGGUUUUCUGUAGAAGUUGGCAACAAUUGCUGCAUUUAUGAAUCCUUUACAUAGCCUUUACAGUUGGAAGUGUAUCAUCAUCUUUUUGAGCAAGCUGGCUCCUGGUAGGCUGUGGCUUAAUUUGCAUUAGUAAAUAAGGCAUUGAUCCACAGUAUUAGUUCUUUUAAUGACACCAGUUCUAUUGCUCUUACUGUUUCUCUGUUAGUAAUGGGCAUAAUUUUGUAGUUCAUAGAAAUACAGCCCUGCACAUAAUUUCAUUAAUUACACAAAAGAAAUAGUGGGUUUCCUUAUUGUUAAUGAUGGUAAAUUAUUACUAUGAGAAACUAAAUGUAAUUUUUGUUGAUUUCAUGCCAUUAAGACCAAAAUUACAUUUAUGAACAAAUUGAACUUGAAGUACUUUGAGGACUGUGAAGAACCACUUGUCAUGGCUGAAACUCAUACAAACAUCUUCACUUUUUCUACUAACUAUUAAAUAUGUUUUUCCAGUGGAGUAGAAAUAUGUAGAGAUCCUUCAGCACGUUUCUGAGUAUUGGCAAUGUUAGUAUAAAAACCAGAACGUUAAAACCCAUAGGAACGGGGUUAGAACAGUAUGCCAUGUAGCAUCUCUAAGUUGUCUAUAAUUUGUGUGUCCUUCGUUGAACAGACAAAGAUCUGAGGGAAUAUUACAUUUGUAAUCAGUUCAAAAUAAGCUCCUAAUUUAGCCAAGCUCUUAAGCAAGUAUGUAUGCUUCUUUUAUUUGAUACAGCAAUUAAGCCUAUGCCCAAAUAUCUUUGAUUUCACUGGGAUUUAAGAAGACAUUUAAAGUUACGCAGAAGUAAAAAGCAACCAACCCUCCCCCCCAAAAAAAAGAAUGAAUAAAAUAACUGUACAUGCUAGUGAGGAAAAAUGACACACAGAAAUCCUCUAGGUACCUUUAUAGUUAAUCCUGCGCUGGAAUAAUAUAUGCAGUAGCAUUAAAAGCCCUCAAACAAUACUUAGCCAGCAGAGAGGGCAGCUCUGUCUCCUUGGGGAGCUUAGGGGAAUUUACUCACUGAACCUUCUGUGCAAAGCCAACCAGGGAAAAAGACUAGUGCUGCGUCUUUGCUUUCUUAGAGCUGAAUAGCUCAUAUGCUUACCAGUAAGCACGGGCUUAAAUGCGUUGCUGGAUCAAGACAAAUGACAGUGAUCUUGUAUUGACAUUGCUAUGAAUGGGCCCUUUGCUAGAAGCUAAUGGUGUACCAAAUACAGGACUCUACUUGCUGUCAUCUUAUUGCAGAUUAUGACUAGAAUAACCUCUGAGAUGUUCUUCAUCCUCAAAAGUUUGAAUUUAAAUCGACACCCAAAGAUAUCUGAUGGAGAUACUUAACUUGGAGAAUGUUUGCCUCAAAAUGUUGUACCUAGAAACAAUAUUUAGAAGAAACUGAGGGAUUUUUGUGGUCAUACUUUUUCUCCCUUUGGUUUCUAUUUAUAGCUCUGUCUGCAGUUUCUGCCAUUUUUUCCCUCCUCCCCAAAUGUUUGGUGUCCUCCAUGUUUAAAAGACUUACAGAUCUCAAUAAGAGUCAUUUAAAAGCUUAAACUAAAUUCUAGGGAAGUGUAAUAUGAUCAUUUUCUUUCGUGGGAACAUUAAAUCCCUAUGAGUGUUAUUCAGCCUUUAAAAUGUUUUCCCCUCUGCUUUCCUGUAAGAAAGACAGCAUAUAUUUCUUCAGAAUAGCAAAUCGGACUUUUUGGAAAUAGAGGCAUAACUAUUUUAUCAUUCACCUUACACCACUGACAUAAUGAAUUUUGUAUCAGGUUCUUUUAUAUAGAGAAAUUAGUUUAUGCAUAACAAAUAAUUCUGAUGUUAAAGUAGAAAUUAAGCCAGAAGCAUUCAAGUGGUCUUGCUAAUAGCUUUUGUGUCUGGAUUUGCUGUGUGUGAUGGCCUAACUCAGUUUUACAUGAGAAAUACAUUGUUUUGUUAAGCUUAUAUCAUGUUAUUUUAUUAAGCUUAUAUGCAACAGUUCUGAGGUGUUUUUUUUUAAGACUUGUUUUCUUAUUUUGGUUUUAUUUUUAAAUGUAAUUUGCUAUUAAAGAGAACUGGCAUACA